GUUUAGUCAUAAAUUGAAUGACAAGACACCUGUCUCUAUGGUUUUAGUAUUCUUAUACUUGUGUGUACAGGAAUUGGAAUUGUGAAAGUAUUGUUUGGAUUUAAGUAUGAACGUGUAUUUUGGUUUAGACUUAUUAAUUACGCUGUGCUUUGCAAUGUUGACACUUGUGGUUGGUGGUGGUUGCGAGGAGUGGCAGUUCGGUCACGUAUUGCCGUGUCUCAAGGACGUUUUAUAUGGCAUUAACGGUACCUACAACAUCUUGGCUGGGACAGACACCGAAACCGUUCAAACAUUCUGCAGUGAUGGGUCUACCAAUAGGACGGUAUCAUGUUUGGAAGACUUGUACCAAGAGUGCGGGCAACAUAACGGUCUUCUGAACAUAGCACAGCCUCAAACAUGGCGAAACACGUUUACUGGACUGUGCAGUAAUCUCUCAUCACACGCGAUUUACAGUGACUGCAUCGUACAACAAAGAGACACUGUUCGGCAUUGUUUACACAACAACGACGAGCUUCUCCAGCGACUCCUUAAAAAACAUACAGACACCACCCAAACAUUCGUCAUGAAAAUAUGCAGCUACUUUAAAGGUAUCACUAUAUGUACCGUGAACCCAGUGCGAGACGUGUGUCACGAAGAGGCUGGCGCGUUAAUACAAAGUUUUUUACAAGGAAUUCUUCCCCAACAAAUGUGCCAACAAGACUAUACUUUUAAACCAUCUUCAUCCCUAGCUUCAGCUUAUUUUGGUUCAGUUUAUUACUGCUGUUUGCUUUUACUAGCAAUUCUUAUUGUAAAUGAGUGAACGUCACCACUUUGAGUACAGUUUAAACCUAAGUAUUUAACCUAUGCACACACACUUAAGUUUUUAUUUUGUAUUAACUAUUGUGUUGAAAUCAAAAGUGAUCAGUGCUUUACGAUACCACGUAUGACACAAUCAAUACUAAGUUGAUGUCGUAAAGAUAAAAACACCACAACAACAAUUUGAUGCAUAGAAUCAAACCGGCGCGAUAACAAUGGAAGAAACAGCAUGCAUGUAGAUCACCAAAAAAGUUGUUAUUUACUUCAAUGAUAAUAUGUGAAGUAUACAUAUGCUCGAAAUAUGUUUUUUUGUGAAUACACUUUACUGCUA